GCAUGAUGUCUUGGGUUCACCUCUGUGUGAUGUGAGAGAGCAGAAGGAAACUAGAACCACUUCAGAACCAAUCUCAUGGCCAGGAAAAUAAAUAGAGGGAAAUAAUAGAAAAGGAGUAGAAAAGAUACCACUGACUCAUUGGUAUCAAAUGUUGCAUUCCCUAAGCCCUGAAUCUACUUCUUCUGGUGCAGUAGUGUCUGUUUCUCACAACAGUAAGAAACUUACUUUGUAAAAAUAGAAAUAAUUACUUUAUUUCACUUAUGCUCUGUGCAACAUGUUGGCUUUCCCCUGUCACUCCCAAAUUCUAAUGGUGAAUGCUUUUAAAUUCAGAGAGGCAAAAUUGUGAAUAAACUUGGGUUCAGAGACUGACCUGCUGUUUUAUGAUAGGAAGAGAGGCUAACUGCAGGCCUUGUCUGCACUCAAGCCCACUGCAGCUGGGUUAACUUGUAAAUAAGGAGCCAGGACAUUGCCCAGAUCUGGCUUUCCUGCAACAACAAAGGUCGGCAGUUUGGAAAGGGACAAAUAAUUACCUGGUUUUGAUGAGUGAGGAAAAAAAUCAACAGAUUAUUACUGUUUCACUAUUUUGGCUGAAACACGGAGCCAAAUGAGCUUUAUUUCAUGUUUCAGGUGUGUAUGGCUAAUGAUUUCUUCAUCCUGUGUGUGUAUAUCUAAAACCAGAAUGCUGAGGCUGAAGAAUGGCACUUGGCAGAUUUACAUACUGAGGUGCUGACACCCCAAUUUAAUUUCUGUUGGCUUGUGUUUAUGAAAAGAAAACCCAAACCCCUUUAUCAAUGAAAACUGGGGUUCUUCUUUCAGCCCCAAGGAAUUAAUGGUGAAAAUUUCACCCAGGCAGAUGAGGUACAGAUUAAGUUUCUGUGAGGUGUGUUUUUAUGAUGACCCUGUCGUGCCUUUCUUCUGACCAUCUCUUGUUUCUCAGAACUCCUGCAACUCAGAGGUGGGUAAUUGUUUCUCCCUCUACUAGCACAUACUGCCAUUAAAACUUCUUGUAAGUUUUCCAAGUCUGACUUAAUGUUUGUUGACAGCAGUAGAGUUGGCUCCCUGUUGCAGUGGAACAACAAGCCAAAACCGCUGUUUCAGUGUCGGGUUUUUUGGCAUCAACAAUCUUGUUUAGUCUGCAGCCACCCAGUCAGAGAACGUGCGUGGGAGCACUGUCGAGCACUAGUGGAGUAACUUUUAACUUGCAAAGUUGGAUGUGGCAUCUCAACUGCGUGACACUGGUGGGAAGUAGAGGGCCAGUUAGAGGUCUUAGAAAACCACAUGACAAACAGCUUGCAGCAGACUCCAGCUUAAAAAUCCAUAUUGUAGAAAAGCAGUAGAAUGUUGUGCCCCCACUUACAGAAACGAUCUGUGCCUGUUUGUCAGCAUAAGCCAUCCUCGCGUGUGCAGCCACACCGUUGGUGUUGGUGACAUCUCCUUACAAGAGCAACCAAGUGUUUGUAGCUUUGAGACGUAGGAGGGUGGUGUUUGGACCUGCUGAAAGGCACCUUUCUUCACUGAUUAAUGGAAAUCUCCACUACUAAACUUGAGUCUUUUCAUUCAUGGCACCACCCUCCCCUAUUCAUGGCUGUGGUUAUGGUCUCUUAUGAAAGAGUGUUUUGAAGUGACGAGUUUACUUUUUUAGUUUUCAUAAUAAGCCUAGUGGCAAGGCUCUUGAGCACUCAAGGUUGCUUUCCUAAUUCAGACCAAAAAGGGCUGGGGCAGGACUCCAGGUACUAACCAGCAAUAAUUGAGACAAAGUUAUCUUUAGGCAGUCUCUUUGGUUUUGUAGUGUAUCAUUUUAAAUGCUUCUGACACGAGAAAAGAUUAUGUGUUCUGCAAAGUUUUAAGAACAGUCUAGACGCCCUGACCUAUUCCAUGGUAUCUGUAUUUCUUAUGUCAGAAACAAAUGCCAUUGGGUUUCAGUAUCUGAGUCUGACCCUGUCUUGUAUUCAGUCCAAAAAACCUUCAAUAUUCAUGGUAAGCAAAAUGAAAGUGGGAAUAAUCUCUAAAGACCCAUUGCUAAAAGAGCCCUGACUUUUUUCUGUUAGGGAGAAGCAGAAUGAAAAGCUGGCUCUUUGGGAGCCAUUAAAUGGUAAGCUCUGUUUUGAAGGCGCUGAUGUGUUUUAUAAUAUUUUCUCUUGGUGUUGUGUUUGCAGCUCUUGGCCUGGAACAUAUCCGGUGGUGCACUGUCUCUGAGCAAGAACUUUCCAAGUGUAAUGACAUGAGUAAGGCCUUUGGUGAGGCUGGAAUCCUCCCCACUCUGCAGUGCACAGCAGGGGGGUCAGCUGCCAACUGCACCCAGAUGAUCAAGGAUGAUUUGGCAGAUGCAGUGACACUGGACGGCCACUCGAUUUACCAGGCUGGAAAGGAGAAUGGUCUGAAACCAGUGGUUGGGGAAGUAUAUGACCAAGAGAUUGGAACUUCCUAUUAUGCUGUGGCUGUGGUAAAGAAGAGCUCCAACAUAACCAUCAACAGCCUGAAGGGUGUGCGUUCCUGUCACACAGGGAUCAACAGAACUGCAGGCUGGGAUGUGCCAGUGGGUUAUCUGACUGACAGUGGGCGCCUGGCAGCAAUGGGAUGUGACCUUCCAAAAGCUGUAAGUGAAUAUUUCAAUGCAAGCUGUGUUCCUGGAGCAAAUGGUGUCAACUAUCCCAAAUCCCUUUGUGAGCUCUGCAUAGGGAAUUCGGCUGGAGAGCACAAAUGCGAACGAAAUUCCCAAGAGCAAUACUAUGACUACAGUGGGGCUUUCAGGUGUUUGGCUGAAGGUUCUGGAGAGGUUGCUUUUGUGAAGCACAGCACAGUGCCUGAAAAUACAGAUGCCUUGCCAGAAAGCCUGAAUUGGUGUGUUGUAUCCACUGAGGAGAUUUGGAAGUGUGGUGAAAUGGCUGUUGCCUUUAGGAAAAAGAAUUUGAAACCAGAAAUUCAGUGUAUUUCAGCCAAGACAAAGGAAGAGUGCAUGGAGAUGAUCCAGAAAAAGGAAAGUGAUGCCGUAGUUCUGGGUGGAGCUGAUAUUUACACAGCUGGGAAGACAUAUGGCCUUGUACCAGCUGCUGGAGAAAGUUACUCUGCUAAUGACAGCAGCAAUGCAUACUAUGCUGUGGUGUUAGUGAAACGAAAUCUGUCCAAUGCAUUCACCAUCAGUGACCUGAAAGGGAAGAAAUCCUGCCACACAGGACUUGGGAGAAAUGCUGGAUGGAAUAUUCCCAUUGGCAUACUAAUUAAGAGGGGGAUUAUUAAGCCCAGAGACUGUAAUAUUCCUCAAGCUGUGAGUGAGUUUUUCUCUGCCAGCUGUGUGCCUUCAGCUGAGCAGGACAAUUACCCAUCAAAACUCUGUCAACUCUGUAUUGGGGACGAGAGUGGAAACAAUAAAUGCAGUGCAAGUAGCCGAGAACGUUAUUACAGCUACAGUGGAGCCUUCAGGUGCCUGGCAGAGGACUCUGGGGAUGUGGCCUUUGUGAAGCACUCGACAGUGUUUGAGAACACAGAUGGUAAUAACACUGAGAGUUGGGCCCAAAACUUAAAGUCCAGUGAUUUCCAGUUACUGUGUCCAAAUGGUGCCCGUGCUGAAGUCACUCAGUUUGCUGACUGUCACCUGGCUCAGGUGCCAGCUCAAGCCAUUAUGGUUCACCCAGAUAUCAACGUUUUUGCUCUGUAUGGACUACUGGACAAAGCCCAGGUCUACUUUGGAAAUAGCAGCAAUGGAAAUGGAUUCAAAAUGUUUGAUUCUUCAACUUUUCAAGGAAAAAACUUGAUCUUUAAGGAUUCAGCUGUUGAGAUUGUGCCAUUACAAGAGAAGAGAACAUACACAGAAUGGCUGGGGAGUGAAUAUGUUGAGUCCCUCGAAGGGAUGCAAACACCACAGUGCUCUGGGGCAGGCAAUAAGAUAACACAGUACUCCUUUGUGGCUGCAGUCAUUCCCCUUCUUGUUUUGUGUCACAUACAAGGCUUGGACUAGGACGGUUCAAAUGGCAACUUCCAGGCCACCUCUGCCCGACCACCUUCUCCUCAGAAAAGCUGUUUGGAUAAUGUGCUGUGCUAACAUUUGAAUGCCUCUUCCUGCCUCUUGCAGGGCAAGUGCCAACAGCACCUGCUCAUCAGGAGAGUGGGAUGGGGCUGGAAGCUGCCCCGUCUGUGUGGAUGGAGUGGAAUUUGUGGCAGAAGCCAGCAAUACAGUAUCAACAUGGUUUACAAGAUCAGUCCAAACCUGGAGCAUCUCUGCCAUCGUUGCUGAUGUUGAACCAUUCAGGAUUUCCAAGUAUUGUUAGAUGGAUACUGGUUUUCUGACCUGUAGAAGAAUUUCUGCAUGUUGGAAGGCAGUAUCAAAAACCUUGUCUAGUGAAUCCUCUCUGGCUUCCUGGCUGGUUAAGUUCAGACUGCACAUCCCUGCUUAACCCAUCCUACCCAGUUCCUCCCGAGCUCUGCUGCCAUAGAGGCAAGUGCACAGAGGAUGGACAGGCUGUGGACAGAGACCAGUUUAGAAAACAGCUGAACAGCUGUGGACAAAGUCUUCCACCCUCCAGUAGAAGGAAGUAGGGGAAAUUUCCAAAGACACUGGACAAAAAAGAAGCCCAGAGAGACUUGGAGGGGACUACCUGUUGACAGAGAAAAGGACAAAUCCAUAUGUGAGCAUCCACUGAGCUUGUUGACUUUACCACACCCAGUACUCACAAGAUAUCCUGUGAUCUUUAAUCUGAUGCAGUCUCCAUCAAGAACCUUCUGGUUCUCCUCCUUCCACACAGGGCUCUCCUGAGUGCCCGUGCAUGAAACUUGUAUUUGCUGUAGGUGAAACAAAAGUACUUCACUUCUGAGUAACCAUUUCUGUUUCUACUGGCUGUAGAAUGUGGAUUUUAUUUUUAUCCAUAGCUGCACUAACCAUGAAUGUUGCUGUGCUGCUGGCAGGCACUGUCUUCCUACCUGCCUCAUGAUCCUGGGAUGAACAGACAUUCAGUGUAAAAACAGAUAAUAAUCAUGUAAAUAAGUGAAAAUAACAAAUAAAUAUGAGAAGUAAUUACACUUUAACCAAA